CAUUGUUCUUCCAGCUGAAGUGUGAGGUUGAACACGUCCUUGGAAUUAUUUGUUUUACGGCUUGAUUUCUGCACCCAGCGAUCCAACAUCAUGUCUCUCAAUAAGCUAGGUAUCAGCUCCUUGGAACUGAAGGAUAAACGAGUUCUUAUGAGGGUUGACUUCAAUGUUCCUUUGAAGGGCAAAGAGAUUACAAACAACCAAAGGAUCRUCGCAGCACUGCCAUCAAUCAAGCACUGCCUGGAAAAAGGAGCCACAUCAGUGGUAUUGAUGAGUCACUUGGGUCGACCUGAUGGUCAAGUUGUAGACAAAUAUUCCCUAGCACCUGUGGCUGAUGAAUUGAAGAAGUUACUUGGAAGAGAUGUCAAGUUUCUUCCAAGUUGUGUGGGUCCUGAAGUUGAGGCUGCAUGUGCUGCUCCUGAAGCAGGAUCUAUUAUUCUGCUUGAAAACCUUCGCUUUCACAUCGAAGAAGAAGGAAAAGGUGUGGACGCCGAUGGGAAAAAGGUUAAAGCAAGUGAAGAGGCAGUCAAGGUAUUCAGGUCCUCGCUGGCCAAACUUGGAGAUGUGUACAUUAAUGAUGCAUUUGGAACAGCUCACAGAGCACACAGUUCCAUGGUUGGAGUUGAUCAUCCUCAAAAAGCAGCUGGUUUCUUGCUCAAGAAGGAGCUGGACUACUUCGCCAAGGCACUGGAGUCCCCUGUCAGGCCCUUCUUGGCGAUCUUGGGAGGUGCCAAGGUUGCAGACAAGAUCCAACUCAUUGAGAACCUGUUGGACAAGGUUGAUGAAAUGAUCAUUGGAGGAGGAAUGGCUUAUACUUUUACUAAAGUACUGAAUGGAAUGGAGAUUGGCGACUCUCUCUAUGAUGAAAAAGGUGCAGAGAUUGUCCAGAAACUUGCUGAUAAAGCAAAAGAAAAGAAAGUGAAUUUGGUUUUCCCUGUUGAUUUUGUUACUGCCAAUAAGUUUGCCGAAGAUGCCGAGGUUGGCGCAGCGACAGUUGAAUCUGGAAUCCCAAAAGGAUGGAUGGGACUGGAUUGUGGCCCAAAAAGUGUUCAAGCUUUCAAGGAAGUGAUUGCUAAAGCAAAGACUAUUGUAUGGAAUGGCCCUGUUGGUGUGUUUGAAUUCGCCAAGUUUGAAGCAGGCACCAAGGCUGUCAUGGAUGCAGUAGUAGAGGCCACUAAAAAUGGAGCCACAACAAUUAUUGGUGGAGGGGAUACAGCGACGUGCUGCGCAAAGUGGGAAACAGAAGAUAAAGUCAGUCAUGUCAGUACUGGUGGUGGUGCUAGUCUGGAACUUCUCGAAGGUAAAACUCUUCCUGGAGUUGCAGCUCUAUCUCCGCAAAGCAGUAUCUGAGUUACCAUGACAACCCUUUCACCAUGGCAACUGUUGCCAUGACAAUGGCUGAAUGGCUGGAAUGACAACUAGUAGGAUAAAUGGUGUAACUUUUACAGUUUGAAGAUCUUCUUAUUGAUUGACUAAAAAGUUGUAAAUGUAGAGGUAAAAUUAUUAGGAUUAUCUUUGGAAAGGAUAUAAAAUAUAGACUUAUUAUACAACA